GUUCGAGAAAAGCAGCGUUGUGGACGAUGGCACCCACGAAGCGCCCGGUAUACGCCGAAGACCCGGACGCCAUCUUCCGUGGCGCCCCCGCCCCCGUGCCCAGAGUACGGGCAAUAUCAUCCACUGACCGUCUGCUAAAGCCCACCAAAGCAUCGCUGGCUGCCUCAAGGAAGAAGGUGCUGACUGGCAAGGACAAGGAGCUGGCCGAGGCGCGCAAGGUGGCACAAAAGCGUCGUCGCCUGGCGCGGGUGGCCAAGGAAAACGGGCAUUUGACGAUCCCGCAGUCGCCCAAGUUUCACAAGAUUAAGAAGGCUGCAGUCCGCUCUCGCGCUGACAUGUUAACACGGACGUCCCGGGAGCUACUAGAGAUCGCAGCCAUCCGCAAACGAGUACAGGCCCAAAAGCGCAAAACGCAAAAGUAUCACAAUGCUACGACCCACGGAGCGGCGCCGGGUAAGAGCGACCAGUUCUCCAGAGCGCUUUCGGCCAGUGGGGGCGUCGGCGUUCCAGCUGUUCGACGGCCGAAGCUCACGACACCCGUAGGCUUUGAGUUUGAGAUUGACAGGCGCGCUGCGGCGGCAGAAGCACGUAAAAGUUUAAAGAGAAGGAGCGUGGCAUUGACAGAGGAGGAGGCGCCGAAGGAAGACGAAGUGAACGGCGAGGAGAACAAGCCACCGGUCAAGAAGCAGCGGAAGUCGGCUGCUGCUUGAUGGGCGAGGUUCUGUCUCGGCCGACUUACUAAUGAUUUAAUGCCAAUUUAAACUAACGAUAAGUCUUUCAACGGCUUGCCGCACUUGAGACACAGGAAGUCGGCCGACGUUACCGUGGUCUGGUUCAGUUGUGUCAACUUGACCUUGAGGCAGACGGCUCAGAUGGACAGCCCUGUGGUCGGCUUUCGGUUUUCGGGAAACAGGCAACCUCGCACUCGAUCAACGCCGAACCUUCGCGAUGGCCUCAAUCCCUACGUCAGCAAGUGAUCUUCUAUCUCUCCAAGCAUAAGACAUGCACGCCAGCCGCCGAAGGUUGCGUGCACACAUAUCUGAGCCUCGCAGUUCAGCGCCACGGUCGGCUCUGUAUCCAAAAGCACCGUUACCCUGGGUUGUUCGUCGCUGGUAUUGUAUGUCAUUUAUCAAAUUUAUCCAUUGUAUCUGCACUUCAGUGCAGUCUCCAGCUCUCGGUCACGAAAUUGCAUCUUGUAACAUACACUACUUGCGGGCCGACUCGACCCUCGAGCUGCUGCAGCAUGGACGGCGAUGCCACGUUGGCAUGAGCCUCAUGUCAGUGACUGCCAAGUUGUCACAGACAGCCAUGAUCUG